AUGGGAACCCCCACCACCGUCCUCCUCCAUCCUCCACUGAUCUCCUCCGUGUCGUCGCUAGCCUUGGCUCUGGCGAAAUAUCAGAAGGUCAAGCUUCUCCGAUGGCCGCCUAUUCCGAGAUUCACCGUCCCUGUAAGUGGUCGAAGCUUAGAUUCCGGUAUGUCUCCUUCCGAAAAAUUUUCCGGUGAUGUUCUUAUAUUGGGUCCAACUUCAUCUUUCAUUGUUCCUUGGCUUGUGUACCGUUGUUGUUGUGUCGCAUGGUCAACUUUUGGAUUGGAAGAACUUGAUAUAGAUGACUCGCUUUCUGUACUUAUUAAAGGCUCAACACUUAUUAGUGCAGCCGAUUUCAAGAUUGUUAAUCCCGCACUAGUUGCGGUAUCAAUCACGGGUGUUAGUUCACAGGUUGUGUUCUUAAUCUCCCACAGCGUUAUUCCACUGCUUAGGCCUUAUGUUGUCGAGAUAAGAGGAAUUCUCUAG